UUGCGGCUUCAGGACCGCCGGGGUCUCACAUCUGUCUCUGCUCUUCAGGAGAGUCUUCAUCAUCAGAUCCAGGAUCAGAGUCCAGUCUGUCUCAGAGCAGCAAGACGGAGGUUUCUCUGACUCUCACCAACAAGUUCGACAUCUUCAACGAGUCCAACGACAAACCGGACGCCAGAGGACUGCUGCUCAGCACAAAGCAGCUGAUCAUUGAUGUCAUCAGGACUCAGCCGGGCGACUCUCUGAGUGAAAUCCUGCGAGGAUCUGUGUCACAUGACCAGGAAGUGUGCCAUGAUUGGCUGAUGCAGCGGCGUGCUCUGCAGGACGCUCGCACACCUGAGAAGAUGAAGAGAAACGAGUCGCUGGUCGCCAACGGCAACCUAAGUUUAGAGGAGAAGAAGAGGAAGAUCCUGAGGUGUCUUCGUCGUCUGGAGGGACUUGGCGUCCUGAGACCACCUCAGACCGAAAACCAGAUCUUGCAGAUGAUCGCCAAGGACAUCCGUCAGCAGCGUCUGCACCGUCAGCGUCGGGGGGCGGAGCUGCAGAAGCUUCGUCAGACUCUCGGCAGUCUGCAGGCGAAGAGCAGAUUCCAGAGUGAACAGGUGGACUACUACAGACAUUACAUCACUUCCUGUCUGGACAACCUGACUGCCAACAG